UUUGUUCAUCAGCAAACAAACGCACACCAAAAAUCUCGAAACCGCUGUUUGCAGUCUUGUUUUUUUGCUUCUUCACUCUUAUCCUGCGUGCUUGUCACUAAUGGCGCACCUUACUCAGUUGCCGUGCAACGGAGACGGAAUGUGCAUGCAGUGUAAGCACACUCCUGUCGAAGAGGAGAAGCUCUUCUGCAAAACGUGCGCCACUCCGUGGCACGUGUUGUGUCUUACGUGUCCGCCGGAAUCACUCGCCAACACUCUCCAAUGGAACUGUCCGGACUGUUCCGGCCACUCUUGUGUGGUCGCCGGGCAGGCCGUGGAGACAGGCGGAAUCGUCGCCGAGAUUAUGGCGAUCGAGGCUGACGCGACGCUGACGGAGAGCGAGAAGGCAAGGAGAAGGCAGGAGCUGAUGAGUGGAAAGGCUGGAUCAGACGGUGGUGAUGAGACGACGAAGAGUAAGAAAGGGCAAGAUAAGGUGGAUGAUGAUGGUCAAAAUGAUGUGUUGGAUAUUUUUGGUGGGAGCUUGAACUGUUCGUUUUGUAUGCAGUUACCUGAUAGGCCUGUCACUGCACCUUGUGGACACAAUUUUUGCCUAAAAUGCUUCCAGAAAUGGAUUGGGCUGGGGAAGCACACUUGUGCAAAAUGUCGAUGCGCAAUUCCAUCCAAAAUGGCAAGUCAGCCUCGCAUCAAUUCUACACUUGUUGUUGCCAUUCGUAUGGCAAAGAUGUCAAAAUCAACGGUCAAUGAAGGGCCUUCAAAGGUGCACCAUUUUGUUCAUAAUCAAGACAGGCCGGAGAAGGCGUAUACUACUGAACGUGCAAAGAAGAAUGGGAUGGCCAAUGCUGCAAGUGGCAAGAUAUUUGUCACAGUGCCUUCUGAUCAUUUUGGGCCAGUCCUGGCUGAAAAUGAUCCGGAGAGGAACCAGGGUGUUCUCGUUGGUGAAUCAUGGGAAAGUCGGCUGGAAUGCCGGCAAUGGGGUAUGCACUUUCCACCUGUUGCGGGGAUCGCGGGGCAAUCCAAACACGGUGCUCAGUCGGUUGUGCUCUCUGGAGGAUAUGAAGAUGAUGAGGAUCAUGGAGAGUGGUUUCUCUACACAGGAAGUGGGGGACGUGACCUCACAGGCAAUAAACGUACGAACAAGAAUCAGUCAUUUGACCAGAAAUUUGAGAAAUUGAACGAGGCUCUACGUGUCAGUUGCAAGAAAGGUUAUCCUGUUCGAGUUGUUAGAUCUCACAAGGAGAAGAGAUCUUCCUAUGCCCCAGAGAAAGGGUUGCGGUAUGAUGGAAUCUAUAGGAUUGAAGAAUGCUGGCGAAAAGUUGGAAUUCAAGGUUUCAAAGUCUGUCGAUAUUUAUUUGUCAGAUGUGAUAAUGAUCCUGCCCCAUGGACAAGUGAAGUGCAUGGGGACCGGCCUCGACCAUUACCAGUGAUUCCUGAGCUAAAGAAUGCAGUUGACAUUACAAAGAGAAAAGAAAGUCCUUCGUGGGAUUUUUAUGAGGCAGAUGGUUGCUGGAAGUGGAUUAAACCUCCACCCCUCAGCAGAGUAGCAAUAUCUACAGGGAAUACUGAUGGCAAGAAGAGACCCAAUGGAGCCCCAAAGCGAGGGCAGAGUAUGACUAUAAGAGAGAAGCUCCUAAAAGAGUUUAGUUGCCUCAUCUGUAAGCAAGUGAUGACCCAUCCAGUAACUACACCAUGUGCUCAUAACUUUUGCAAGUCAUGUUUGGAUGGAGCAUUUUCUGGUCAAAGUUUUGUCAGAGAGAGAAGCAGAGGUGGAAGGACACUUCGGUCACAGAAAAAUGUCAUGAAGUGCCCCUUUUGCGCAAAUGACAUUUCGGAAUUUGUCAAGGAUCCACAAGUCAACAGGGAGUUGAAUGAGGUGAUUGAAUCUCUUAAACAAAAGAAUGAAGAAAAUGGGGACCUUGUUGAGGAACUGAGUGACGAAGAAACAGAAGGAAUAGAGGAAGCUUCUGAUGAAGUGGCUGAGACCAGCAAAAGCAGUGGAGAAAAUUGUGAAGCAAUGAGUGUCAGUGAUAGUUUGCAGAAUCCUCCGCUUAAUAGUGAACUUGAAAGGCCAACAAAAAGAAACAAAAUUGAUGUUAAGGGUUGUUGCUUAUCAAAGAACAGUGAUGGGGAGGAGAAUGUUAUGACUUUAGAGAAAGCAAAUGGUGACAGUUUAGAUACAGCGGCUGAAGGUGGCAAACUGAAAGCAGAACUCACUAAUUUUAGCAACAAGGAUAUGCAAGCGGGAAAAGCAUUAGAGGAAGGGAGUGAUUCACCAUCCAGUCCCCUCCUAAUGCCAUCAGAUAGUCAGGGCACUGCCUGACUCAUUUCAUUUGUGUCUUUGAAAAGAAUUGGAAGGCACCAUUUGUUAAAUCAGAUAAAGGAUGGGGGCGAGAAUUGGACAUACCGAUAACUAGAAGAGCAGGCUUCUGUUUAUACACAGGUUUUCUUUUACUUUUCAUUUCAUUUUUAGGCCGAUUGUAACAGUUUCUGUUCAAGUGUAUCUGUACACAGUAGUUUUCUUUCAAAAUAGUAAGUUUUUUUUUUGACCCCAGAAAUGUCCCUUUGUCUUCUUG